AUGGCACCUGAGAAAAGAGGCGGUGUGGUUGAUCAUAGACUGCGAGUUUACGGAACCAGGAAUCUUCGUGUUGUAGAUGCCUCGAUAUUUCCAAGUAUUCCUGCGGCAAAUACUUUUGCGCCU